AUGUCGUUAUCCGAAGGUGUGUCCAAUUCGACGCUCGCUGGGAAUCUGUCCUCCCACAAUUCCACGGCCGAUGGAAACAUAAUGGAGUGGGAAGCACUUUCCAUCAUGUCAACGGUCAUCUUAACCCUCGCCGUCUUACUGGGCGUGCCGGGUAACGGCGCCGUCAUCUGGGUGACGGGCUUCAAGAUGAAGAUUAAGGUCCACACGGUGUGUUUUCUGAACCUGGCUAUGGCUGACCUGAUCUAUUGCCUGACUCUUCCCUUCCGCUUGGCCAACAUGUUCCUGACCUACUCUGGGUACAAACCCUACUUUUCCCUGAUGUGUAUUGGAUUCUUCAUGAUUUUCAACGCAUCCGCCAGCAUAUAUCUCUUAUGUCUGAUCAGCAUCUGCCGCUGCCUGGCUAUUACUCGGCCCACGUGGUUCCAGCAACAUCUGAGCCUCACGUGGGUGCGUGCGGCCUGCUUCGGAGUCUGGAUCUUAGCCAUCGUCAUGUGCCUGCCCGUCCUCCUGCUUCCGGAUUGGAAGAAGCAACGGACCGUCUUGGAGCUAUUUUGGUUUGUUUUCAUCUUCGGCCUCCCCCUUCUAAUUAUGAUCACCUGCUACUCCCUGGCUGGCUGCAGGCUGCAAGGAAACAGGUUCACCAAAUCUAAGAAACCUGUCCGCCUCAUCAUCACCGUGGUCGUCACCUUUAUGAUCUGUUGGAUUCCCAACGCUGUCUGCGACCUCAUAUCAACCUUCUCCACACCGAUCCCCGAAGCCUGGUCGUUACUCAUUGUCGCCCUAGCCUCCUUGAACAGCGCCCUCAACCCCCUUCUCUAUGUCUUCGCUGGCCGCGAAUUCCACCAGGUCUUCAGGCGCUCCCUCCUCAUCUCGCUCCAUCUGGCCUUCACCGAGCAGAGGCUGGAUUUGGAGACCCUGUCAAAGACCUUCAGCCACACCUCAAUUAAGAAAGUCCGAGUCGUGGCCAGUCAUCCCACCGAUAACCCCUGA